AUGGACGUCAAGGUAGUGAAGAUAAAGGUUCUUGGAAAAGGUUCCUAUGGCGUUGUGCAUUUGGUGAAAACGAAAACUCCUCUUUAUAAUCAGUGUUAUGGUGGAUUCACAAGCAUUGAACGAGAACGAGGAGUGGUUUACAACAUGUUUCUCGAGUAUGCUUCAGGAGGUAAUCUGGAAGACGUGAUAAACAAGUAUGGCGGCAAGAUACCGGAAGAGAUAUCAAUUGUAUACACGGAUGAUACUUGGAGGGCUUUUGAACAUUCAUCGAAAAGGUUCGUUCACUCUGAUUUAAAACCGGCGAACAUUCUGGUCUUCCCUCCUCAAGACGGUACUGGUUUGCCUAAUCUAAAGAUAGCUGAAUUUGGGAUAGCUAAAGAAGUUACUGGUGCAUUUGGAUGUAUGGUCUCUGGGAUGCAUCGUCAUUCAAAUGAUUACAGGAAACAGAUUGCCAUGGGAGAGUUAUGA